AUGAAAGGUGUUUUAAGAUUCGGGAAGAAAGGAAAAUUGAGUCCAAGAUAUAUUAGGCCAUAUGAGAUACUUGCUAGAGUUGGUGUUGUCGCAUAUCGUUUAGCACUUCCACUUGAGUUAUCUUUAGUACAUUCAAUCUUUCAUGUAUCAAUGCUACGAAAGUACAUACCAGACCCUUCACAUGUGCUAAAAGCAUCAAACAUCCAAUUGGACGAGAACCUAACCUAUGAAGAGGAACCAGUGUUUAUAAUGGACAAACAAGUAAGGAAGCUACGUUUGAAAGAGAUGGCGACAAUGAAAGUAGCAUGGAAAAAUCACUCCAGCGAGGAGGUAGCAUGGGAAGACGAGAAGGUGAUGCGGGCCAAGUAUUAUGGAGAAAGUGCAACUCAUUAG